AUGCUAGACAAGACGCAGCAGACACCGAUGCAGCCGGCGACGCAAGUUAAGACGCAGAAGCCAUUGUCAGCAACCACGUAUGCUGCCAGGAGCAUGAGCACGCCUUCGGCUUUGCUCUCAGGCUCGGAUGCGGGCGAGGAUACUAGCUCAGACGACGACACGGACACUAGCUCGGACACGGGCAUGGAUACGAGCUCAGAUGAAGACACGGACACAAGCUCAGAACCAGAUACUGUCGCCGGAACUGUCACUGGUAUAGAUGCAGGUUCAAUCAAACACAACAGCAGCCUCCCCUACCGGCCACGAUCGCACCAGCGCAAUGACGCGCUCCCAGAGCUAAAUAAAAUUCACUACCACCAGCACUCAGAACUGCGCAGGUACAGGAUUCCAGGGCUAGACAACGUGCAUUACCGCUGCCAUUGGAAACACCACAGCUACACGCUCCCAAGGGCAGACAACAUCCAAUACCGUCACCACUGGCAACAGCCCCACAAUCCGCCUCCAGCACCACACCACCCCACCACGGCCCCCGACCGAGCUCCUUCCAACAACAUCGCAUUCGCGCAAUCCCUCUUCUUAGCCCCUACCACAACCUUAUCGUCCAAAGAGCUCGAAGCAAAGCAAGCGGUUCUAACAGCGCGGCUGUGCACGGAGAAGCUGUCGUCGAGGCAGCGAUGCCGCAUCCGUCGUCAGAGCGCUAAGGUGACGCAGGCGAUGAGCGAGCGAGCGGCUGAGGAAGCGCGUAGGGCUGAGGCGGACGAAGAAGAAGAAUACGACGAUGAAGAUGACGACGAAGAAAGCGCAAAGCUGAGCGAAAGAGUAUUUGCGACCCGGACGGCACUGCUCGAAGCCCGGAUCGCGGCGCAGACGAAGCGGCUGCGCAGCAAGAAGGUGAGGUUGACGAAGGCGCAGCAUCGCAACAUCCGGCGGGCCAGGUCUCACGAUAUACGGGAGCUGCUGGGCGAGCACUCGGGUAAGGGAAGAAGCAAUGUUCUGCCGAAGGAAGCUCGCGAGCGGCUUGAGGCGGAGCUUGUGAGCGCGAGGGAGCUGCUGAGCGCAAGGGAGCUGCCGAUGGAUCGGUAUGCCGGUGUCUUGAAGCGCGUGCAAGAGAUAGAGGGGACGUUGUGUUUGCGUCGUUGGAACAAGAAGGGGUCGCCUGCUUGUGAUGAUGGCCGGGUGUGGGAGUGUGGGGAUGACGAGGAGAUGCCGUUGGCUGAGGGCCAGAUGGUGGGUUGGUUUGUCAAGACGCCGUGGGGUAGGUUUAAGAAGGCUUGA